UUAUUACAUGAUAAAAUGUAGAAAUCUAAUCUCUGGGGAAUAAUUAUACCUAUUUCUGACCUGACACUGAACACAGUUCAGUUAAGAUCUCCUCACUGCACACUUUCUCUCUGAUCUUCGAUGUUCUUGUUUCAAUGUUUCACGAAACACCCCACUCCAAUUGCUCUCUGUCACACCCAUGCAUUGUCCACUGUCACAUAACCGCGAUCGCUGGAUACGACAUCGCUUCGUUUUAGGGUUUACCCAUCACCCCCAUGGCCAUCAGAGGCGUCAAUUUCAAAUGGUUCGAUGGCUUUUUCUUGUCCAUGCUUGCCGCCAGCAUAGCUAUUGUUGCAAUUAAUUGGAAGCGUUACCAAUCUUGUAGAUACCCUUUGCACAUAUGGAUUGUGGUUGACUACGCUACUGUUUUCACUUUCCGGCUUUUGAUGUUUGUUGAUAACGGGCUUGCUUCGGGAAUGGGUUUAGAUUUUGGGUGGCCACAGAGAUAUGCUCGUUUCUGUGGAAGAGUAGUUGUACUUUCAAUCCUUGCAUUACUUCUCUAUCCAUUUCUUUGGGCCUGGACAAUAAUUGGUAGCCUGUGGUUCAGCAACACUAAAGUCUGCUUGCCUGGAGGGGGGCAGAAAUGGGGCUUCCUUAUCUGGUUAGUUUUUAGCUACUGUGGACUCCUUUGUAUUGCUUGCAUGGCAAUGGGGAAGUGGUUGAAACGAAGACAAGCACACUUGUUAGGUGCUCAAGAGGGCAUCCCUGUAUCUUCAUUUGGGGUUGUAGUUGAAAUGAUCCGAGUACCUGAUUGGGCAUUUGAAGCUGCAGGUCAAGAAACAAGGAGCAUGGCCCAAGAUGCUGCCUAUCAUCCUGGACUUUACCUAACUCCAGCCCAGAGAGAAGCAGUUGAAGCUUUAAUUCAGGAACUCCCAUCGUUCAGGUUAAAUGCUAUUCCUACUAAUUGCAGUGAAUGCCUCAUCUGUUUAGAAGAGUUCCAUGUAGGGAAUCAGGUCCGUGGCCUGCCCUGUGCUCAUAAUUUUCAUGUUGAAUGCAUUGAUGAGUGGCUUCGGCUUAAUGUGAAUUGUCCUCGGUGCCGUUGCUCAGUAUUUCCGAAUCUUGAUCUAAGUGCUCUGUCUAACAUCCGCACCGAGUCUGAACAGUCUUCUGCCACUGCUGUGACGAGCAGACAUGUGACAGACCAAGCUUCUAGUCAGAGUUAUCUGUUGAGAUUACAAGGGAUUCUCCGCCCAGUAUGUGCUGAAAUUGCUGGACCAGUUGGUGAGACAGACAACGCUUUGGAUAAUGCUGAAAAUGGUGUUGGAUCUGUUGUGACUCCUAAUAUUUCAACUCGAGAUCAGGCCACUUCUGUUACUCUCUCAUCUGCACAAAGUUAGACAUACUUUCACAUUGCCCAACUUCUGUUAUAUUUUUACCCCAUUCGUGAGAAGCUGCUGGAUACAUAUCCGUAUCCAUUCAUUGCCUGAACCUUUAAAAAUGGUGCAUAGUGUAACGAGAUUCUUUCCGGUCUGAUUCAUAAAGAAAUGGGUCAGCUUCCUUUUUGAGGGACCUUGUUGAAAUAAGACUUACUUGGCUAACAUAGGUCAGAGCUGCAGACGUGCAAUUCUGGUGAUUUAAUAACCGUCAACAGAGUUGAAAAUUCUAAGAAUUGUAUAUUGAAUACUUGUUUCCUACUUUGGAUUUACUUCUUGGGGGUAAGAAUCCCUUUAACUGUUUUUAUGUUUUGGAAGUUUGUUAAAUCAAAUCCGACAUCUCUAAAGCUUUCGUAUGAGAAAUAUCUUCAAAUAUA